AUGAGGCAUAGACCAACAACGAGUGCAAAAGGAGAAGUAACAUUUGGAUACAGUGUUAACCAGGACAAAAGUAAAAUAUUACAGAAUGUUCAAGUUAAUGUAAAUUCACGUGAUACAGAACCGAAACCAAAACCUUCAGAAUUUAGUACAAGAGAAAUUGUAACAGAAGCUACACCAUCCGAUGAUGGAAUUCAAGUUGUUUAUGGACCACCGAAAGUCUAUGAACCAGUUGAUACUGAUGAUAAAAUUACAACAGAACUUAUGCAUAUUUAUCGUGACAUGUUAAUUAGCAAUAGUGGUAAUAUAAUGAAUUUAAUAGAUGAUUCAGGAAAAAUAAUUUUACCUCAUGAUAGUUUAAUUCAUGUAAUAAGUACUUUGUGCGGGGUUUCAGAUGAUAAAAUUAAGAUACAGUAUUUCUUAGACGAAGAAGUCAAUUGCUGUGGAGCAUUAGCAACAAAAAUAAAUCCAAUAAAAGAAAUUUCAGCAAUUAAAGUUAAUAAAAAUGGUGUCGUUAAUGAUUUGAAUUUAACUUAUAAUGACAUCUAUAAUUUAAUUGUUGAUGAAUAUAAGAUUUCAUUGGAAAGAUUUUAUUUAAUUUGA